AAGUGGAAUAGAAUUGCGUUUCCUCAUUCAUUUGUUUCCAUCGAGUCGAGUGAGAUUGUUUUUUUAUAGCACUUUUUACAUUAAUAAUUUUCACUUCUGGUACUUAUCUUGAAGAUUCAUUAUUACGUUAUAUUUUUUAGGAGUUUUUCUCAGUGAACAAGAAAACUAAGAAGAAAUCUUUAUAAAAAUGGAUUUGGACCGCAAUCAUAACAACGAGAAUCCUCACCUGGCCGUUUUACUUCCUGAGAUUGUGGCGAACAUUGUCACCUUCCUCCCCAAAUCGGACCUCAUCUCGUGCACUUUGAUCAACUCGACGUGGGAACAAGAAGCCAGAAAACGUCUCCUCGUCCAAUCCCAGUUUAUCCUCGACGCACAAAAUAUCGCCCACCACCAAGAAAUUUCUUCCGUCCGGGGAAACUACGCGAGAAACAUUGGGGUCGUCGAAUUCCCCAAUUUAUCUCGUCAAGGCCCCUGUGGAAACUUUAUUUCUACUCAAGGUCAUAAAGUGAAACGAUUGGCGGCUCUAUUACUCCCGCCAGAUGUCACAUGGCCCCAAUAUUUCGAAACCUUGUCAAACUCAUUCCCCAAUCUGACCUCGGUCGCGUUAGCUAUCAACCAUCUGUAUGACACCGAUUCCCCCCCCAAACCAGGCGGUCUUCCCGAAGAUUAAAAAACUGGCAAUCUACACGCCGUAUGACUUCAGGGGAGACCAGCAAAUACUAAGUACCCAAUUGGUCCCCUUAUUUCCAAACCUGGUCGCCCUCUCGUGCCAAAGAAUUCGUCAAUUCGUGGUGGAAUCCUUUCUCAGCUCCGCCCCCACUGUGACCUCCUUGACCUUGAUCAACAUUAACCCGUUAACCGGUUCAAUCCUACAAAAUGCGGUAAACCUGACCCGACUAGAAAUCGGUAUGACUUCCACCUCACCCUUUUGACAACAAAUUUAACCGCCAUGCUGGAAAAAUCGUCUGGAACGCUGGAAUAUCUGAAAUUAACCCGGAUGCAUAAUAUUGAUGCCUACCUGGUACGAAAUCGGAAACAAUUUCUCAUAUGGAUCCCAAUCUUGCCGAAAUUACGGGUUUUUGAAAUUAUCCACAACGAUUUCUCGACACGGCUUGAGGGUAAAACAAGUUCGCAGGUGACACCCGCCAUAAAUCUGAAAUUUGAAAAGAGUAGUGCCGAAACGAAGUUAAUUUAUGCCGAGCAGUUCCCCGUUCUGGAAACGUUACGGGUUUUGAAGGGGGACUCUUUUCAAAAUGAUAGAUUGACGGAGCAACAAUUUUUUGAGGCGAGUGUGGGUUUUUUGUACAAUUCCUUCAUCAAUCCGACUAACACGCCGUGUAAAACUUUGAAAAAUUUAAUCAUUCCGUUCGAAGGGGAGUGUGGGGAUAAGUUUAAGUUUUUUGACGUUACGGAAUCCGCGUGUGGAAAGAGCUUCGAUGUCCUGGGGGGUUUUGAGUGGAAAGAUGUUGCAGAAUUUUUGGGGGAAGUGGUGGAUGUAUUUCCAAAUUUGACACGAUUGGAGGAUAUGGAAGUGCAGGCAGAUUUAAGCGAAAAUGCUUGAUUUUAAUUUUUAAAGCGAGGGAUAUGUAGCUAUUUAUUUAGAAUGGUCACAAAUUGUUAAAGUUUAUAAUUUUAAUUGUUAGAUGUUUAAUUAUUUAUUACGUUAUUUAGUUUAUUUAGUUUAUUUACUGUAUUACAUUUUUGUUUAUAAUGUUCCAGGAAAUGCACCAGAAUAAUUUUUGUGUAGGUCAAAAUGCUUAAAACUUACUGCAUACUUACAAUGGAACCUUUUUUCAAGCUACACCUGGAUCGACUAGCGAGUUAUGUCAAAAAAUCAAGCCAAAAAUUAUGAGUCACGUGACACUUCUCUUUCCAUUGAAUGGCCCCUUUGAAGAAAAAUAUUGGCAGUUAAGUUCAAUUUUUCAGCAGAUUUUCCCUUGCUUUUUCCUCCACGGGACAAAAACCAGGGAAAAGUUCGAACUUUGACCCUCAAUAUUUUUCUUCAAAGGAGCCAUUCAACGGAAAUAUAAGUGUCAUGUGACUCCUAAUUUUUGGCUUGAUUUUUUGACAUAACUCGCUAGUUGAUCCCCGUGUAGCUUGAAAAAAGGUUCCAUUGUUAGUUUAAAAUUGGUUCUUGUUGCAAAGAACAAAAGAUUUUCAAAGUAGGCAAAAUAUUUGUACGUUAUCUUUUUUAUUCUCAGGUUUGUCCCUUAUUGUUAACAUUUAGGAACGCUGUAAGUAUUGUCCUGAAAUUGCAUUCUGAUUAAAGCAGACGCACAAAUAAACUCUAAUAUUUUUAUGA